GCUUCACAGACGGACUCCACACAUACUCGGAUAUACAGCCAGGCCGGGACCACCCGACCUCACCACCUUCAGGAGCUCCAGCCUGCAGCAGGUUUAGCCUCAGAGAAUGGACCUCCAAGUGACAAGCGUUCUACUCCUCCUCCUGGUUCUGGCCGAGGGGACACCUGAGAGAUACUACCACGUGAAGAAAAAUCCUUAUCCAACAAAGAGCCACCCUGUGGCAGGUACUCCAGGUAGCCCAGGAGCACCUGGUGAGCCCGGUCCCCCAGGUCCACCUGGUUCUCCAGGUCAGCCAGGAGCAAGUGGAAUUGGACACCCAGGACCAGUGGGGCCUCCUGGACCACCUGGUCCAGCGGGAUACUCUGCACCUGGAAAGUCUGGAAGUCCUGGUGCACCUGGAAAACCUGGUGCUAAUGGACUGCCAGGAGAAAGAGGAAUUCCAGGACCUGCAGGACCCCAGGGAGCACGAGGAGCACCAGGAUCCCCUGGCAGCCCAGGUCCUGCUGGCUACUCUGCUCCUGGAAAGCCAGGACCACACGGUCUGCCUGGUGCAAUGGGGCCCAGGGGAGAGCCUGGUGAAAAAGGGCUCCCAGGUAUUCCUGGUGCGCCUGGCCAUAAAGGAGAAUCAGGUCAUGGUAUCCCAGGAAGCCCUGGUGGCCCUGGUCCAAUGGGUCCUGUGGGCCCUCCUGGUCAGCCUGGUCAACCUGGAAUUGGAAAGGUUGGUGCAACUGGAUACCCUGGGGAACCCGGUAAGCCAGGUUUGUCAGGUAGAGAUGGGUCACCAGGCCCUAUUGGUGCACCAGGGCUAAAAGGCCACACAGGAGCUCCAGGCAUUGGUGCACCUGGAAAACCAGGUCAGAAUGGCUCUCCAGGUUUGCCUGGUCCAAGUGGACAAAAAGGUCCUCAGGGUCCAGCUGGACAGCCCGGAGCUCCUGGUUUGCCAGGUGUUGGUAAAACUGGAGCACCAGGAUUUCCAGGAGACAGAGGUGCACCUGGUUCUCCAGGAACCACAGGACAAAAGGGAGAGCCAGGCCCAACAGGCUUUACAGGUCAGCCAGGUGCCAUUGGGCCUAUUGGUCCAGCUGGUCCUCAGGGUGCUAGGGGAUUCCAGGGAGAGCCAGGUCCAGCAGGUCCUAAGGGUGAUCACGGUUUGGUUGGAGCACCUGGUCCAAGAGGGGCAAAGGGUGAGCAGGGAGCACAAGGCUUCACAGGAAAACCUGGAAUUCCAGGGGCAGCAGGUCCCACAGGUGCUCCUGGUCCAGUAGGACAUCAGGGUCCUAAGGGUGAAGCAGGUUUCACAGGGGCACCAGGCAUCCCAGGAGCUAUCGGCCCUGCAGGUGUUAAAGGUCAUCCAGGGCCACAAGGUAUUCCAGGCAGCAGGGGAGAAAACGGCAUUCCUGGUGCACGAGGACCAGUUGGGUCAGUAGGACCAGCUGGGGCUCCAGGUCCCAAAGGUCAUCCUGGUCUCCCAGGGGCCCCUGGCCCAGCAGGAAUCACUGCCAAAGGAUUAUCUGGCCCACAGGGUCCUCCAGGAAUCCCUGGUGCCAGAGGUCAUGAUGGUCUACCAGGUCCAGCUGGACCUCCUGGUCCACCUGGUCCACCAGGUCAGAUUGUUUACCAUCAUGAGAAGAGCAUGCCCAUCAAAUCCCAUGAGUAUGAGGUCAUGCCUCUUAGUCACGAGCUGGUCAAGCCCCCUGUGUCAGCCUUUACUGCUCUUCUGACCAGUGCUUACCCUAGUGCAGGAACUCCACUUGUGUUCAACCAGAUCGUGUACAAUGGAGAGAACCACUAUGACCCUCACACAGGUGUGUUCACCUGCCAGAUUCCAGGACUUUAUUAUUUCGCCUUCCACAUGCAUGUCAAUGGUGCUAAUGCACUGGUGGCACUUUACAAAAACAGCGAACCAGUUUUGUUUUCCUAUGAUGAAUACAACAAAGGCUUCCUGGAUCAGAUGUCCGGCAGUGCUGUCCUUCUCCUGCACAGUGGUGACAGAGUUUACGUCCAGGUUCCAGAUGAGCAGUCCAAUGGCAUCUAUGCUGAUGACAACGUCCACUGUUCUUUCUCUGGGUUCUUGAUUGCCUCAACGUGAUCAAGACGCUACAUAAAACCUCAACCUUUUGAAGAAAACCUUUUUUCUUAAAAAAGGCCCUCACAGCCAUAAGGCAUUCGCUGUUUAGGAAAAACGUAACUACUUAUUAAAUGCAAUAUGUUAAUAGAUAAGAGUCCCCUGUCUGGAUAACAACCAAAGGUCUGUUUAUGUGAAAGAGAACAAAAACAAUGAAUCUACUCACCGUAGUGAACAGACUAAGUCCCUAAGAAAGUGUUGUUUAAUUUUGCCUGAAAAGAAAAUCCACCUUGUAAAACGUGCCACACUUGUGUCUACAAACCGAUCUGGUGCUGAAUCGAGUGGUGCUCUCCACCUGCCUGUAAAUUACGCUAUGAUAAUCCUGCGUUAGGUGUGUUUGACUGAAUUCCGGGUCUGAAGCUCUGUAUCACUUUAACACUUCAGAAUAUAUAUGACAGCUUCUUGGCUUUUUAUAUGAAAUUUCUGUUUCUGAAAGAUUAAUUCUGUGUGUAUAAAAAGAUACGGAUGAAAAACUGGAUACAUUUAUUCUGCAACUCUGAUACUGAACAGGGCGUUUCAUGAUCUGCACAUCAUUGUGACCAACACAAAUAAAGUUUUAGAGCCAAAA